CCCCAUACUCCUCAGGACCCUGAAGAGGGAAGAGGUGAGUGUCCCUGUGGCUGUGUCCUGCCCAGCUUGGUGGCUGUAGGACUUUGUUCCUAGAACUCCUCACAACUUCUCCAGUUUCCACCUGACAAGAGUUUGCCUAAAUUUAAUAUUAUGCUCUCAUUUUCCUAGUUGCUUCUCCAUGAUUAUUUUUAUCCUGUUUCCUGUUUUCCUACCAGAAUGUGUUGGAAAAUGGACCCAGUGAGAGCUGUCCUGCCAGGCAUAGCAUCAUUUAUAUGCUGUUUUCCAAAAUUUUAACUGACAUGAACAAAAGAAUCAUUGGAAUAUCUCUUCUUGCCUUUAGCUGCUUUUCCCUGUAGAAUAUUGCUCUUCAGCUGCUUGGCAUCAUUUUUAAAUUAAGAUUAGCAAGGUGCUGCACUAAACCCAUUGCUAAAGCAUAGGCUCUCUUCUACAUAUCUCCUAUGGAAAUUAAUGGGCUGUCUGGAUUCCAGUGCAGGAUUGAGAUGUUACUGUGUAAAUCUAUCAAUAAAGUGUAAAUCCAUCAAUAUAGGCAAUCAAGUGAGUCAGAUAUUUUCCAAUUUCUCCCAGGGAUUUACCAAGACAUGCUAUAUCAGGUUAGUAACUUCUGAUGUUCUCUGUGCUGAAAUGUGGGACUGGCAGAGGACACAGCGUGGGAGCUCCCAUAAAGGCAAUGCUGCCAGCCAAGCUUCGAUUAAGGAUGAGUGCACGAAAAUUUGGUCACUUCUGCGCAGUGGGAAGUUUUCCUGUCCCACCACCAAGGAGCACAUCAGCAGCCCGGAUGGAAAAGCAGACCUCAACAAGUGCCUGAUGUGCCAAAGGCUGCUGGAAAAAGACUCAAAAAACAAAGGGAGUGGUGAAGAGGUGAACAGGAAUGCAGACUCCUUGGGAGAGGAUGACUGCCGAGAGUUUCGGGACCUGUUCAAGAAAGGAAAACUUUCCUGCACCAGAGAAAAUGACCCUGUCCGUGAUUCCUCUGGGAAGCAGCACAGCAAUAAAUGCAUCAUGUGUGCAGAGAAGUUCAAAAGGGAGAAUGGACAGGAGUCAUCUAAAAACAGACAAAAGGAAGAUAAGGACGUUUGCAGUGAGUUUCGCUCCCAGUUUGAAGCUGGUGGACGACUGUCCUGCACGAGGGAGAACGACCCUGUUCGGGAUUCCUCUGGCAAACAGCACAUCAACAAAUGUCUCAUGUGCGCUGAGAAGUUAAAAAAGGAAGCCCAAAGAGGAGGUCAGUCUGGUGGAACUCGCCAGCUCAACAAACAAGCUUCAGGGAAUACAAGCCAGAAGGGCUGCGGUGGUUCAGGGUCACAGCAGGAUAUGAAUGAGAGACGUCCCUUUUCAUCCAGUAGAGGCCCACAAGGAAACACAGCUCAGAGCGGUAGGAACUGCAAGACAGCACCUGGCCGCAAGACACAGAGCAGGGACACCGAUGCCUACCGGCUGCUGGACUGUGAUCGAAUUCUGCACGGGGUAAAGGGUGGAAGGAUUUUCUGCAGCAAAUCCUCAGAACCAGUCUGUGGCACUGAUGGGAAAACAUACAAAAAUGAAUGUGACUUGUGUUCAGCUGCCAUGAAAGCUUCAAACUACAUCACGGUAAACUAUCGAGGUGAAUGCAAAAAGCCUGCUCCUGAAGUGAAGUAAUGGAGCUCAGACUGCCAGCAAACACCAGGGAUCAGCUGUGACCGAAGGGCAAGUAAAGGAAGAGAUGAUGUUGAGCAUCAGGAGAGCUGCCGAGUCCCCAGGACUGCAGAGCUGUCUUCAUCCCCAUCUGCGGCCAACGGGCCCUGUCUUGCUCAGGUGGAGGGCAAAGGGCUGUGGGGAUGCAGCGGUGUCUUCCCAGAUCUGCCCCACGCGUGCCGUCGCGGUCUCUGCUGCCUCGCUGUGUCUUUAACGUGCUUCUACAAUAAAGAUAACUCAGCAUCUUCA